AUGUGUGACACUAUGUCUGGACCUCUUGACCGACACCUUAAACCUGUCCCUGAAGAAACUUCUGAGGAGGAAAGGAAAACAAGGCUUGGUGCUCUUAAGCAGAAGGCAAUCAAUGCCUCCACCAAGUUUAGGCAUUCCUUUACAAAGAAGGGUCGAAGGAACAGUAAGGUAAUGUCUGUCCCUAUUGAGGACAACAUUAAUGCGGAGGAGUUACAGGCAGUGGACGCAUUCCGCCAAGCACUUAUCUUGGAAGAACUACUACCCUCAAAACAUGAUGAUCAUCAUAUGAUGCUAAGAUUUUUAAGGGCCAGAAAAUUUGAUAUUGAGAAAGCAAAGCAAAUGUGGACUGAUAUGCUUCAGUGGAGGAAGGAAUUUGGUGCCGACACUAUUAUGGAGGAAUUUGAAUACAAGGAAAUUGAUGAGGUUUUGAACUACUAUCCCCAAGGCCAUCAUGGAGUUGACAAGGAUGGAAGACCUGUCUACAUUGAGAGACUUGGUCAAGUGGAUUCAACCAAAAUGAUGCAAGUCACAACAAUGGACCGUUAUGUGAAAUUCCAUGUAAGGGAGUUUGAGAGGACCUUCGCCCAUAAAUUCCCUGCGUGUUCCAUUGCAGCAAAGAAGCACAUUGAUCAGAGCACCACUAUUCUUGAUGUACAAGGAGUGGGCCUUAAAAAUUUCAACAAAUCAGCGAGAGAACUUAUUCAGUGCCUUCAGAAGAUUGAUGGCGACAAUUAUCCUGAGACCCUCAACCGUAUGUUCAUCAUUAAUGCUGGUUCUGGAUUUAGGCUUUUGUGGAGCACUGUCAAAUCUUUCCUUGAUCCCAAGACCACUGCAAAAAUCAAUGUUCUUGGAAACAAAUACCAGAGCAAGUUGCUUGAAAUAAUUGAUGCUAGUGAGCUGCCAGAGUUUUUGGGUGGCACUUGUACUUGUGCAGAUAAGGGUGGUUGCAUGCGUUCUGAUAAAGGGCCAUGGAAUGACCCAGAUAUAAUGAAGAUGGUUCACAAUGGUGAGGGCAAAUGCACAAGACAAACUUUAUCAGGCAUUGAGGAGAAGAUAAUCUCCGAAGAUGAAAUGUCAUACUCAAAGAGAUGUGAUUCUUUCAACUCAAAAACAGUUCAAAUGGAACAUACGAAACUCUCUCAUGUUCCUAAACAAGUUUCAUUCACCAAAAAAUCCAGUAAGGACUAUGAGUAUGACAAUUUGAUGCCAAUGGUUGACAAGAUCGUGGAUGCUACAUGGACUAAAUCAGCUCACUAUGAUAAAUUUGCUCACAGUCAAGAUUGCUUCCCCUCGCAUAAUGUGGGCAAAUCUUCUGAAGGAUUGAGCAAUUACUUGCUUUCUGGAAUCAUGGCAUUCAUCAUGGGAAUUGUCACCAUGAUCCGAUUGACACGAAACAUGCCAAGGAAGCUCACCGAGGCUGCCCUCUAUGGAAGCCCUGCUUAUUGCAAUGGAAUGGGGAUGAAGGCCAAACAGUUGCCUGCACCAUCCAUCUCCAGUGACACAUAUAUGAACAUGAUGAAGCGCAUGGCUGAGUUGGAGGAGAAAGUGAAAGUUCUCAGCAAAAAACCAACUGUCAUGCCACCUGAGAAAGAGGAGAUGUUGAACAAUGCUCUCAACCGAGCCGCAGCCCUGGAACAAGAACUCUCAUCAACCAAGAAGGCACUUGAUGACGCCCUGGUCCGACAGAAUGAGCUUAUAGCCUACCUUGAUAAGAAGAAAAAGAAGAAGAAAUUUAAAAUGAACCCAUUUAAAUGGUAAGGUGGUAGCUCCAGUUCUUCUAUUGGAUGACUUUGAUCAUCCAUUGUUAGCUGCGGGUGGCGGUGUUUUUGAUUGUCAGCCCCAUGGAUGCUUGUGAAAUUCAGUCUAUGUUUGCUAGUUUGGUACUGUAACUUACGGCUUCUGUACAUUAUUAAUUUUCCAGUGUGCCUAUGUUUGAGAGUUUGUGUAUAUUUUAACUAAAAUUGGGCACCGCUUUGGUUUG